AUGAUUGAAGAUAGUCUAAAAAUAUGUACAGUAUGUGCAUCAAAUAAUAAUAGAUCAAUGGAAUCUCAUAAACAGCUAAUGGAUGCUGGAUAUGAUGUACAUUCAUUUGGAACAGGUUCAGCGGUAAGAUUACCAGGUCCUAGCAUAGAUAAACCAAAUGUUUAUGCAUUUGGCACACCAUAUUCAACUAUGUAUAAAGAUUUAAUAGGUCAAAAUCAAGGAAAAUUAUAUGAACAAAAUGGUGUAAUACAUAUGUUGGAAAGAAAUAAACAAGUUAAAUUAGCUCCAGAAAAAUGGCAUCAAAAUGAAAAAUCAGGAAAAUUUGAUUUAGUUAUAACAUGUGAAGAAAGAUGCUUUGAUAGUGUUAUUGAAGAUUUAAUGUUUAGAAUGUAUAAUAAAAAUCAACCAACUGAUUUAAAACAAGUUGUUCAUAUAAUAAAUGUUGAAAUUAAAGAUGAUAAUGAAAAUGCAAUAAUUGGUGGUAAAGGUAUAUUAAAAUUAGUUAAUAUGAUUCAUGAUUUUAAAAGAAAAAAAUUAAAAGAAAGUAAUGAUAUUGAAGAUGAGAGUGAUGUUAUAUUAGAAGAUCAAAUGAUGAGUAUAAUUACUGAAUGGCAAAAAGAUCAUUCACAUUUACCAACUAUUUAUAGUGUUUCAUACUAUUAA